AUGGGUUUUAAAGAAGAUCUUAAUUUAGUUGGAAACGACUUUUCGUUUUUGGGAAUGUUUUUCUAUGUCGGGUUCUUAGCUGCUGAGCUGCCUACUCAGUGGUUGGCCCAGAGAAUCUCGUUUCUCGGCAAGUAUCUGGGUAUUAAUGUCACUCUGUGGGGUGUUGUUUUAGCUUGUCAUGCUGCUUGUAAUUCGUAUGCUCAAGUGGCUGUUCUUAGAACAUUGCUGGGUAUUUUCGAGGCCUGUGUAGCUCCUAUUCUCGUACUUAUUAUUUGCAUGUGGUACAAGAAACAAGAGCAAGGAAAGAGAGUAGCAUGUUUCUAUGUCAUGAACAGUUUUACUUCAGUUGCUGCUGGUCUCAUUGCAUAUGGAGCCUCGUUCACAAAGAGUUCGUUUGCCUCUUGGAGGAUCUUUUUGCUUUGCAUGGGCCUUGUAACUGUCGUGUGUGGAGUACUGGUAUUCUUGUACUUGCCUGAUUCCCCUACAAAGGCUAAAGGAUUCACUGAUGAAGAGAAGCUAGCUGUGCUCCUUCGUAUUAAAGAUGAUCAAAGUGGAACUCAGAACAACAAGUUGAAGGGAUACCAAAUGCUCGAGGCUGUUAGCGAUCCUAAGGUGUGGUUGGUAGUUCUUUCUGUUAUGUUGAUCUCGAUCCCUAAUGGUGCCUUGUCUAUUUUCAGUUCGCUUAUUGUCAAUAGUUUCGGUUUCAGCGCUCAAGAAACUUUGAUUGUAGGUGUCCCUGGUGGUUUGUUGAGCGGUUUCUGGCUGCUUGCUGUGCAAUACUACUCGGACAAGACCCAGAACAGAACCCUCAUGAAUCUUUGCUAUUUAUUACCAGCCAUUCUUGGGCUAGCGCUUAUGGUCGGUCUCGAGAACAGAGAAAAGACGACUGCGAUGAAAACAGGACUUUUAAUUUCCAACUAUCUCAGUCAGACGUUCGGCGGUACUCUUGCAUUGAUCUUGUCUUGGAACGCAUCCAAUGUCGCUGGUCACUCCAAGAAAGUACUUGUCAAUGCUUUGACUUUCAUCGCAUUUCCUCUUGGUAACAUCAUUGGAACUCAAACGUUUCAAGCUAAAGACGCUCCUAUGUAUAUGCCAGGAAAGGCUGCGAUUCUUGGCUGUCUCUCUCUCCAGUGUUUUAUCACUGUUGGAUGGUACUUUUUGAACCAGUUCUAUAACAACAAGAAGCAGAGAGUCUUGGAUGAGAUGGAUCCCGAGCAACGUGAAACAAUGCGUAGACAAAUGGAAUUCUCUGACGAAACAGACAUGCGCAAUCCAUUCUUCCGGUAUACUAAAUAA